UAAAAUUAUUUAGAAUCAUAACAGUGAGUUUGAAAGCAACAACUGGUUUUAUUUUAAUGAGGCCACCUACUUCUGCUUCUUCUUUUCAAAAAAAAAAAAAAAACUACACUACCCAGAAAGCUUUGCUGCAGUAUAAAUAGUAAGCCAAUGGGCGGUCCUGCGGUGACAUGUGGAGGAGGUAAGAAGAGGACUGUUACGGAGGACGCGUUCAGCUGUCAGAGAUAACGCUGCUCUCACCUGGAGUUUACUGCCAUGGACUUAACCGAGGCUGUGGAAAUUAUCCUGUGAUGACCCACUUCCUGUCGCCUCUCAGUCUCUGACUGCCUCUGUCUUUUUGACGUCUUGGUCAUUUUUUGGGGGGUUAGGUGCAGUUAACGCUGAGAAACCAUGUCGGACAAAAUGUCUAGUUUCCUCCACAUAGGAGACAUUUGUUCUCUGUAUGCUGAAGGUACCACCAGCGGAUUUAUCAGCACUUUGGGGCUGGUGGAUGACCGCUGCGUGGUACAACCAGACUCAGGUGACCUCAACAACCCACCUAAGAAAUUCAGAGGUUGUGAUUGGAGACAAAGUAGUCCUUAACCCUGUAAACGCAGGGCAGCCUCUUCAUGCCAGCAGUCACCAGCUAGUCGAUAACCCAGGAUGUAACGAGGUUAAUUCUGUCAACUGCAACACAAGUUGGAAAGUUGUUCUCUUCAUGAAAUGGAGCGACAACAAGGAAACGAUACUCAAAGGGGGCGAUGUCGUUCGGUUGUUCCACGCGGAGCAGGAGAAGUUUCUUACCUGUGACGAUCACCGGAAGAAGCAGUAUGUUUUUCUCCGAACCACCGGCCGACAGUCUGCAACGUCAGCCACAAGCAGCAAAGCACUGUGGGAAGUGGAGGUGGUUCAUCAUGACCCAUGCAGAGGAGGUGCAGGCUACUGGAACAGCUUGUUCAGGUUUAAACAUUUAGCCACAGGGUGCUAUUUGGCUGCAGAGGUGGGUGAGGUGAAUCCAGAAUUUGAGGAGGAAAGUGCUGAACAACGUUGCUCAGAGGUGGACUUUACACCAUUUAAUUUCCAGCUGGAUGCAGACAAUGAAGCUCUUCGAGGCCGUCUCCGUGCUCCACAGGAGAAGAUCAUGUACACUCUGGUUCCUGUUCCCGACGGGAUGGAUAUCUCCUCUAUCUUUGAGCUGGACCCCACCACUCUGAGAGGAGGUGAUUCCAUGGUGCCCAGGAGCUCCUAUGUCAGGUUAAGACACUUAUGCACAAACACAUGGGUUCAUAGUACCAACCUCCCYAUUGACAAAGAGGAGGAGAAGCCUGUCAUGUUACGGAUUGGAACAUCAGCAGUAAAAGAAGAUAARGAAGCAUUUGCCAUAGUUCCAGUGCCACCAUCAGAAGUGCGUGAUUUAGAUUUUGCCAAUGAUGCAAGUAAAGUGUUGGCUUCCAUUGCUGGCAAACUAGAAAAGGGAACCAUUACACAAAAUGAAAGAAGAUUUGUGACCAAGCUSCUGGAGGAUUUGGUUUUCUUUGUGGUAGACAUUCCCAACAGUGGACAGGAUGUUUUAGAGAUCAUGGUUAACAAACCCAACCGAGAGAGACAAAAGCUCAUGAGAGAGCAGAAUAUUCUUAAACAGAUUUUCAAACUACUCCAAGCCCCUUUCACAGACAGUGGGGACGGUCCCAUGCUGCGUCUGGAAGAACUCGGGGAUCAGCGCCAUGCGCCAUUCAGACAUAUUUGCAGGCUUUGCUACAGAGUCCUUCGCCAUUCCCAGCAAGAUUACAGGAAGAACCAAGAAUAUAUAGCCAAACAGUUUCGCUUCAUGCAGAAGCAAAUUGGGUAUGAUGUGCUGGCAGAAGAUACGAUAACAGCUCUUCUCCACAACAACAGGAAGUUACUGGAAAAACACAUCACUGCUGCUGAAAUAGACACCUUUGUCACUCUAGUGAGGAAGAAUCGGGAGCCAAGAUUUCUGGACUACCUGUCAGACCUCUGUGUCUCCAUGAAUAAAUCCAUCCCAGUGACACAGGAGCUUAUCUGCAAUGCAGUGCUGGACUCUAGCAAUGCUGACAUCCUCAUCGAAACUAAAUUGGUCUUGUCAAGGUUUGAGAUUGAGGGGCCAGCGAAUGGCGAGAGCCCUGUAGAGGCAGAAGAUGAAGAGGAGGUUUGGUUGUUCUGGAAAGACAAUUGUAAGGAGAUCCGCAGUAAGAGCAUUCGUGAGUUGGCCCAGGAUGCAAAGGAGGGUCAGAAGGAGGACCAAGAAGUGGUCAGCUAUUACAGGUGCCAACUGAAUCUCUUUGCGCGGAUGUGUUUGGAUCGGCAGUACCUGGCCAUCAACAAGAUUUCUGGUCAGCUGGACGUGGAUUUGAUCCUGCGCUGYAUGUCUGACGAAGACCUGCCUUAUGACUUGCGGGCAUCUUUCUGCCGUCUGAUGUUGCACAUGCACGUGGACCGUGAUCCUCAGGAGCAGGUCACGCCUGUCAAAUACGCCCGCCUGUGGUCUGAGAUUCCAUCAAAAAUCGCCAUUGAUGACUACGACAAUGAUGGAACCACUCGAGAUGAGAUCAAGGAGCGGUUCAGCCUCACCAUGGAUUUUGUGGAAACCUACCUGAGGGAGGUGGUGUCUCAGAAUAUUCCUUUCUCUGACAAAGAGAAGAACAAACUUACCUUUGAGGUAGUGAACCUGGCAAGAAACCUCAUAUACUUUGGUUUCUACAACUUCAGUGACUUGCUGCGCUUGACAAAAAUCUUACUGAACAUUUUGGACUGUGUUCAUGUCAGCACUGUUUACCCCAUAAACAAAAUUGAGAAGGGUGACGAAAACAAAGCUGGCAGUAAUGUAAUGAAGUCCAUUCAUGGAGUGGGAGAGCUGAUGACACAGGUAGUCCUACGUGGAGGUGGUUUGCUUCCCGCCACACCAACUCAUCAGCCUGAAGGAGACGUGGUGAAAACACAGACAGAACCAGAGAGGGAGGACAUCAUGGUCAUGGACACAAAGCUCAAAAUCAUUGAGAUUCUGCAGUUUAUUCUGAAUGUACGGCUGGACUACAGGAUUUCUUGCCUGCUUUGUAUUUUCAAACGGGAGUUUGAUGAGAACAACCCACAAGGAGACAACCCUGUCAGUCAGAAUGGAACCAACAACAUUACAGCUCAGAUGCCAGGUAAUUUUGACUUUGAGAACAUUGAGGAACAGGCAGAGGGCAUCUUUGGUGGAAGUGAGGAAAACACUUCAUUAGAUCUGGAUGACCAUGGUGGUCGCACGUUCCUAAGGGUCCUCCUGCACCUGACUAUGCACGACUAUCCACCCCUUGUGUCUGGAGCACUUCACCUGCUCUUCAGACACUUCAGCCAGAGGCAGGAAGUCCUCAUGGCUUUCAAACAAGUCCAGCUGUUGGUCACCAGUCAGGAUGUUGAAAACUACAAGCAGAUCAAGUCAGACCUGGAUCAGCUACGCUCCAUAGUGGAGAAGUCUGAACUGUGGGUUUACAAAAGGCAGGGAGAGGAUGUGAUGGAUGGAGAUGGACCUUCAGAGUCUGACAGCAAAAAGAAAGGAGACUCUCUUGGUUCUGACAAGAAGACAGAAAGCACCAGCAGUUACAAUUACAGAGUUGUAAAAGAGAUCCUUGUACGCCUCAGUAAGCUGUGCGUCCAGGAGGGAAGUUCAGGAAAGAAGAGCAGGAAACAGCAGCAGAGACUUCUGAGGAACAUGGGGGCGCACAGUGUGGUGCUGGAACUUCUUCAAAUCCCCUAUGAGAAGAGUGAGGACGUUCGAAUGCAGGACAUCAUGAAGUUGGCUCAUGAAUUUCUGCAGAACUUCUGUGCAGGGAACCAGCAGAAUCAGACUCUUCUCCAUAAACACAUCAACUUAUUCCUUAACCCAGGAAUCCUGGAGGCGGUCACAAUGCAGCACAUCUUCAUGAACAAUUUCCAGCUGUGCAGCGAGAUCAACGAGCGUGUCGUUCAGCACUUUGUCCACUGCACUGAGACGCAUGGUCGGCAUGUCCAGUAUCUCAAAUUUCUGCAGACCAUUGUUAAAGCGGAGAACAAGUUCAUCAAGAAGUGCCAGGACAUUGUCAUGGCAGAGGUGAAGAUUGCCUAUAUCAACUUCCUGAAUCACUGUUACGUGGACACAGAGGUGGAGAUGAAGGAGAUCUAUACAUCCAACCACAUGUGGAAGCUGUUCGAGAACUUCCUGGUGGACAUUUGUAGGGUGUGCAACAACACCAGUGACAGGAAGCAUGCAGAUACCGUGCUGGAGCGUUACGUAACCGAGACCGUCAUGAGCAUUGUCACAUGUUUCUUCAGCUCCCCCUUCUCUGACCAAAGCACAAGCUUGCAGACUCGUCAGCCGGUUUUUGUGCAGCUGCUCCAGGGAGUCUUCAGAGUGUACCACUGCAACUGGCUCAACCCUGUUCAGAAGGCCUCGGUUGAAGCUUGUAUUAAAGUUCUCUCAGACGUGGCAAAGAGCAGAGCGAUCGCCAUCCCAGUGGAUCUUGACAGCCAAGUGAACAACUUGUUUGUUAAGUCCAACAACGUUGUGCAGAAGAGUAUUCUCAACUGGAGACUGUCGGCUAAGAACACCUCCAGACGAGACUCCAGCCUGUGUGCCUCGAAAGACUAUAGAAACAUCAUAGAGAGGCUGCAGGACAUUGUAUCGGCCCUGGAGGACCGUUUGAGGCCGCUGGUCCAAGCUGAGCUCUCUGUGCUGGUGGAUGUCCUGCAUCGUCCAGAGCUGCUGUUCCCUGAGAACACAGAAGCUCGCAAGAAAUGUGAAAGUGGAGGAUUCAUCUCAAAAUUAAUCAAACACACCAAACAGCUCCUGGAGGAGAACGAGGAGCGUUUGUGCAUCAAAGUUCUCCAGACGCUCAGGGAAAUGAUGACGAAGGACCGCGGCUAUGGGGUGAAGCUGAUUGCCUUUGAUGAUGAGAUGGAUGUGGCUGAGCUGGCACCUCCACCCGAGCCGGAAGUUCCCGCAGAGGAGCUUGAUCCCAACCAGCCACUGAAGCAAGUGGAAGAUCAAAGGAGGGGCGAGGCUCUGCGGCAGAUUUUAGUCAACCGAUACUAUGGAAACGUUAAAUCUGGCCAAAGAAGAGAGAGCCUCACAUCCUACAGCAACGGUCCACUCGCUACCGGAGCACCAGGAAAACCACCUGCCCUCGUCAGCUCUGGGAUCGGAGGUCGAGGGGAGCUGAGUUUGGCCGAGGUCCAGUGCCACCUCGACAAAGAAGGAGCGUCUGAUCUCGUCAUAGACCUGAUCAUGAAUGCCACCAGCGAUCGGAUCUUCCAGGAGAGCAUAUUGCUGGCCAUCGCACUGCUGGAGGGUGGAAACACAGUCAUCCAGCGGUCAUUCUAUCAUCGUUUAACGGGGGACAACAAAUCUGAAAAGUUCUUCAAGGUGUUUUAUGAGCGCAUGAAGCUGGCCCAGCAGGAGAUCAAAGCUACCGUGACAGUCAACACCAGUGACCUGGGCAACAAGAAGAAGGAUGAAGAGCCACCAGACAAAGACUUGCCAAUGCGUAAAAAAGUGAAAGAUGUGCCAGUUGUUGCGAUGGUGACUGAGGAAGUGAAGGAGCAGCUGAUCGAGGCCUCCGCCGUCACCAAGAAGGCCUACACGACGUACCGGCGUGAGGCCGAAGCCGAAGAGCACCAAGCUGCCGCCGACGGUGCCCCCGUCCCGACUCCCGACAAGAGCCAAGACGAAGAAGAAAUGAGCGUCAUUAUUACCAUCAUGCAGCCCAUUUUACGACUCAUGCAGCUGCUGUGUGAGAACCACAACAGGGAUCUGCAGAACUUUUUACGCAACCAGAACAACAAGAACAACUAUAAUCUGGUGUGUGAGACUCUUCAGUUCUUGGAUUGUAUUUGUGGCAGCACCACAGGAGGACUGGGCCUCCUGGGACUCUACAUCAAUGAGAAGAACGUGGGACUCAUCAACCAGACGGUGGAGAGCCUGACUGAGUACUGCCAAGGUCCCUGUCAUGAGAACCAGAACUGCAUUGCUACUCAUGAGUGCAAUGGCAUCGAUAUCAUCAUUGCUCUCAUUCUCAAUGACAUCAACCCUCUUGGCAAGAAAAGGAUGGAUUUGGUGCUGGAGCUCAAAAACAAUGCCUCCAAGCUUCUUCUUGCCAUAAUGGAGAGUCGCCAUGACAGUGAGAACGCUGAGAGGAUACUGUACAACAUGAGGCCUAAAGAGCUGGUGGAAGUGAUUAAAAAAGCCUACAUGCAGGGUGAGAUAGAGGUGAAGGAGCCAGAGGAGGAUGAAGAUGGAGAGGAAGAACCUUCAGCAUCUCCGCGCAACGUUGGUCAUAAUAUCUACAUCUUGGCACAUCAAUUAGCCCGUCACAACAAGGAACUGCAGGCCAUGUUGAAACCAGGAGGAACGUAUGGGGAGGGUGACGAAGCACUCGAGUUUUAUGCCAAACACACAGCUCAGAUUGAGAUUGUACGGCUGGAUCGUACUAUGGAGCAGAUUGUGUUUCCUGUCCCCAACAUCUGUGAGUUCCUCACACAAGAGUCCAAGCUGCGAGUGUACUACACCACAGAGCGAGAUGAGCAAGGCAGCAAGAUCAAUGACUUCUUUCUGCGCUCAGAAGAUCUCUUCAGUGAGAUGAAUUGGCAGAAGAAGCUGCGAGGUACUCAAGAGGCAACUGGUAACACAAACACCGUUCCCUCGCAGCCCAUUCUUUACUGGUGCUCCAGGAACAUGUCAUUCUGGAGCAGCAUCUCCUUUAACCUGGCUGUUCUCAUGAACAUCCUGGUGGGCUUCUUCUACCCACUGGAGGGCGUCCGUGGAGGCACCUUGGAGCCCCAUCUCUCUGCCCUGCUGUGGUUAGCCAUGCUGGUGUCUCUGGCUAUUGUCAUAGUGUUACCACAGCCACACGGUAUCAGGGCACUGAUUGCUUCCACCAUCCUGCGCCUGAUCUUCUCAGUGGGCUUAGAGCCCACAUUAUUCCUACUUGGAGCUUUUAAUUUGUGUAACAAAGUGAUCUUCCUGAUGAGCUUUGUUGGGAACCGAGGAACGUUCACACGUGGGUAUAAAGCUAUGAUCAUGGACGUAGAGUUCCUGUACCACCUGCUGUACCUGAUCAUCUGCACCUUAGGGGUCUUUGUCCAUGUCUUCUUUUACAGCCUGCUGCUCUUUGAUUUGGUUUACCGGGAAGAGACUUUGCUGAACGUCAUCAAGAGCGUCACUCGCAAUGGACGGUCGAUUGUUCUGACUGCCGUGUUGGCCCUUAUCCUCGUCUACCUCUUCUCUAUUGUGGGCUACAUCUUCUUCAAAGAUGACUUCAUUUUGGCUGUUGACAGGAUACCCAACAAAACUAUAGAACAUGGAGCCAGCAUGGUGGGAGAGUUUUUUUCUGGUGGAGUUUGUCAAAAGGAAAAUGGAGAAAACUGCUCAACAGAGGCCGUAAAAGAUGCUUCCCUUGCUGUCCAACCGUCGGUGGUGAUUGAGGAUAAAGAGCGAACGUGUGAUUCCUUACUCAUGUGCAUUGUCACCGUACUGAGUCACGGCCUCAGGAGUGGAGGAGGUGUUGGGGACGUCCUGCGGAAGCCAUCCAAAGAGGAGCCCUUGUUCGCAGCCCGAGUCAUCUACGACCUGCUCUUCUUCUUCAUGGUCAUCAUUAUCGUUCUCAAUCUCAUCUUUGGUGUCAUCAUCGAUACUUUUGCCGACCUGAGAAGUGAGAAGCAGAAGAAAGAGGAAAUCCUGAAGACGACUUGCUUCAUUUGUGGCUUGGAGAGAGAUAAGUUUGAUAACAAGACGGUCACUUUUGAGGAGCACAUCAAAGUUGAGCACAACAUGUGGCACUACCUGUUCUUCAUCGUCCUGGUGAAGGUGAAGGACUCCACAGAGUUUACGGGGCCCGAAAGCUAUGUGGCUGAAAUGAUCAGGGAUCACAACUUGGACUGGUUUCCACGCAUGCGAGCCAUGUCCCUGGUGAGCAGCGACGCAGAUGGCGAGCAGAACGAAAUCCGAAACCUGCAGGAGAAACUGGAGUCCACCAUGAAACUGGUGUCCAACCUGUCGGGCCAGCUGACCGAGCUCAAAGAGCAGAUGACAGAGCAGAGGAAGCAGAAGCAGCGGAUCGGCCUGCUGGGUCACCCUCAGCACAUGAACGUCAACCCCCAGCAGCCAGCGUGAGCUCCUGUCGGCCCUCCACGUCGGCUUGGCGUCUGCGUUCGCUCCUCGCGUCGGCGUCUCACAUACAGAGUGACGCCGAGUGUGAAAGUACCUUAAAACGGUAGGGAAACCCUGUAGUAUAGUUAGUUAUAAGGCGACGUGUAGCUCUCCCCCACACAGGUGUUACUCCAGAACGUAACCCUCAACCUUCCUUUUCUAGUUAACACAGUCAGAAUUGGUGCCAAAUACUUAUUUAUUUAUUUUUGUUUGUUUGUUUUUUGUGCACAAAAGAAUUGGAUUUCUCAACACAUGGCCUUGAACAGUUGAACUUGAAUCAUGAUAAAAUUGUUUUAUUAUUUGAAGGUUUUCUAUUUAUAUCCCUGACACUAUGAGCAGUAUUUAAUGUCUAAUUUUUUUAUGUUGUGCAAUACGAUAACUUAAAUAAUAUGCAACCUAAACGGUGUGUGCAUUUAAGUUCUGACAGUUAGUUAAAUCUACUGCUUUAGUUUUUUUUUCCCCUUUGGCUCUAGAUUAUUAUGGUGUUAUUUGUUUGUACUUAUACAGAAAUAUAGAUGAUACAAUAAGCUGGUCUUCACAGUCGUAAGUCUUUAAAAAGCUCAUCGUUUAAGAACUUCUGCAAAUAGCGUACUUUGAGAGAGCAAUAUAAAUAUAGUUUACUUCUGCCUGUUUGUGUCUAAAGGUCAUAUCUAACUGCUAACUUGGUUUAUGAGAAAAUAGCUUUCUUAUUUAACUGGGCUGUAACAGGAAGUUAAAAUUUGUUUAAAAUUUCCCUUCAGUGUCUUUGAUGCUAUUAGAAUAUGCUCAGGAAUUGUGUAGUUUAUUCAAAACCAAUUACCAUGAAUAAGAGUACUUCGUUUUUGCUGCACACCACUAUUAGCACCUUUUUUUUGGUCUAGCUGCUUCUGUUAACGCCUUAAUUUUUUUUGUUCAAGUUGAACUUUUUAGUUGCUGUGAAUGUUUUUUUAACUGUAUGUAUAUAAGGUUUGUUACUUAGUGUACCUUUUUGCUUUUGUAUAGAAAAAUAAGAUAGGCAGAAAAAUGUUACUUGAGAAUGUUAAGAAUAAGGAAAUGAAACAAUGCUGAUUUGUAUAUUAAUGUGAAAUUAUUAAAAGUAAUAUAAUCAUG